GAGAAAAAUGAAGCGAUUUUUAUCAUUUUUGAGUAUAAUUUGUAUAAUAGGAUUAGCCAAGUCCACAGAUUAUUGUAAUCCUAAUCUAUGCAAAAAAGGAGCUCAUAUUGCUUGUGGGCAUAGUGGAAAAUUUCAUUCCUCUUGUCCUGCCAAUGCUGUCCUAUUCAACAUCACCCAGUCCUUUAAGGACUUCCUUAUCAAGUAUCACAAUGAAAAACGCAAUUAUAUAGCCGGUGGCAAUGAUGCCCAUCAUGAUGCUGCCUGCCAAAUGGGAACCGUACAAUGGGAUGAUGAAUUGGCCUACCUGGCCCAUUUCAAUGUCCUCCAAUGUAAAAUGGAACAUGAUGCUUGUCAUAACACCGCCAAAUAUCAUUCGUCUGGACAAAAUUUGGCCAUAAGAUGGUAUAAUGGCACACCAGAUAUUAAGAAAAGUUUCCAAAAAGGUGUCGAUUCAUGGUUCAAUGAGGUGCAGUACAGUAACAUGGAUUUCAUCAACUCCUAUCGGCGCAACAACGAGCAUGCAAUUGGUCAUUUCACCGCUAUGAUGGUACAGAACAAUGUACGCAUAGGAUGUGCCGCUGCCACCUAUGGAGCUAAGGAUCCCAAGGGGAAGCAAUACUUUUUGUUGGCAUGCAAUUAUGACAACACUAACUGGAAUGGCAAUCCCAUCUAUGCGAGCUGCAGUAAACCAGCUGCUGCCUGUACCACAGGUACCAAUCCAGACUAUCCCAAUUUGUGUUCUCUCAAGGAACAUUAUGAUUUUAAUGCAAAAAAUCCAAAAAUAAAAGCAUAA